GAGGAUUCAUAAACAGGGGUUGAUCUCCUAGUUUUAAAACGCCUCUCUCAAUUCAGACCUUCAAGUAGCGUAGUGUUAGAACUCAACCACAACUCACUGACCGCCGCAUCAUUCAGAGAAAACUAGAGCCGCCUCACCGGACAAAAGUUGAAUGGACUUGAUUCCACGGACAUCUCAGUGUUUUCAUUAUUAACUUUCCAGGACGUCUUCCCACUUGUUUUGUCGGGACUUGAACUUCUUUAAACUUUAUACACGACACGUCCUUUGCUGACAAGACCACUGUGCAACAACAACAAAAUAUCUGGGAUUUUUUAGGAGAAAGAUAUCAGAAGGAACUCUAACAAAUGCAAAACUAUAUGUAUGAGAAGGCGAUGGCACCCGAAACGAGAAACGGAGGAACGUCCACGUUAAAUAACAACGGCGUAAACAACAGCAAGAGGAAACUUUUAAUAGCACUAGACAUCUUCUGCCUUGUCCUGGCUGUCCUGCCUUUCCUGAUAAUUGAAACUAGCACAAUCAAGCCGUACCACCGCGGGUUUUACUGCAGUGACCAGUCCAUCCAGUACCCGUAUAAAAACGGGGACACCAUAAGCGAUGCCGUGCUCUGUGCCGCUGGCAUUCUAAUUGUCAUCUUCUCCAUUGUGAUUGGCGAAUGCUACAGGAUCCAUUACCUGAGCCAGGGCUCCAAAUCGUUCGUGGGAAACCCGUACGUCUCCGCCCUUUACAGACAAGUGGGUGUGUUCAUCUUCGGCUGCGCUGUCAGCCAGUCGUUCACAGACAUCGCCAAGGUCUCGGUUGGACGCAUGAGGCCACACUUCCUAGACGUUUGUCAGCCAAACUACUCUACCAUCGACUGCUCUAUGGGAUAUAUUACUGAAUACACAUGCACUGGAGAUGCCGGCAAAGUACAAGAGGCCAGGAAAUCCUUCUUUUCCGGACAUGCUUCAUUUUCAAUGUACACCAUGCUCUACCUGGCAUUCUACCUACAGUCUCGGUUCACAUGGCGAGGAGCCCGUCUCUUGAGGCCCCUGCUCCAGUUUACUUUGCUGAUGAUGGCCUUCUACACCGGUUUAUCACGAGUGUCUGAUCACAAGCACCACCCCACUGAUGUCUUAGCUGGCUUUGCUCAAGGAGCCCUGGUGGCCUACUGCAUAGUCUUUUAUGUAUCGGAUCUCUUCAAACCCAAAGCUAAGACGGCCACCCCGCCGCCCUCGCCAAUAAAGAAAGAGCUGCUCCCUUCUUCUGACAUCAUCGAGAGGAACAACCAUCACAACAUGGUGUAGGAUGGAGGACCGGGAGGCUGCUUUCCUAAUCUCCCAGUCCCGCACUCCACCCCUUCCUGAUCCCCUGAAGAAAACCAGAACAGCCACCUGUGACGGAGGAGGACGCCUCCUCUCUUUCUCAUCUGACAGUAGAAUGUAGGCACAGGACAGAGACAAUCCUAUUGACUCUUAUUACAAAUGACCUCACAAUCCAAGAGCCCAAUUCGAAAGGCCAAACAGACACAAAGCUAACGAAAAAAAACAAGCCAAUUCUCCUUCAGAAUGUCGCGGAGGAUGACCGAAGUAUUGAACGACAAGGAGAGCGUGAAUGUGAGGCUGGUCGCAUGACCGGCGCUUCUCUCCUUUUGUCCUUUGUAGCCUUUCAGGAA